UCGAAUAUUUUCUUCAAAGACACCAAAAUGGCGAAUUUGAUAUUUGUUUCUUCGCUCAUCGUAUUCAUUUGUAUACUGUCUGUUCCAGGACAAACGCUCGGAGCAUUUAGUUGCAAUUUCGAGCAAGGCCUGUGCAGCUACACACAGGACAGGGGAGAUGACUUCGAUUGGGCCAGGUCCCAGGGCAGUACUGAGACCAGUGAUACUGGACCAGUUGUAGACCACACCCAUGGGACUACACAGGGAUACUACUUGUAUGCAGAAUCCUCCAAUCCCCAGUCAAGCGGCGACAAAGCUCGCCUGACUGGCGCCGCAGAGGACGCUGAUCAACCGCAGUGUGUCGAGUUCUAUUAUUAUUUGUACGGUGACACAAUGGGGUCGCUCAGAGUGUAUGUCAAAGACAGCACCUCCUCGGGUUUGGGUGAUCCGGUAUGGUCUCUGUCAGGUGACCGUGGAAGCGGCUGGUAUAGAGGACUUGCAAGUGUUCAAAAUAACACCAACACUGUUCAGUUGGUUUUUGAAGCAGAGAUAGGGAAUGGAAAGUAUUCCGACAUCGCAAUCGACGAUAUCAACGUGAUAAACUCAAACGGACUUUGCCCCAUCGAUUUCCUGAACUGUACUUUUGAGAGUGGGGAGUGUGGAUUCGAACAGGAUAAAACCGACGAUUUUGACUUUACCCGUUCGAAAGGAAAUACUUUCACUUCGGAUACGGGGCCUUCCGUUGACCACACCACUGGCACUGAGGAAGGCUACUAUACGUACACAGAAGCCACAGGGCCGAACAAGGGCCACAUUGCACGGCUCAUAUCCCCCACCUUCCGGGGCGUCCAGGGGGACGAUUCCGAGACGUUCUGCGUGGUCUUUUGGUAUCACAUGUAUGGGUCAAAUAUAGGCGAGCUGAACGUUUAUCUCCGUAAUAGCAGCUCUUUGAAUAUGGGCUCACCGAUCUGGUCGCUGGCCGGUAAUAGGGGCGACGUAUGGAGAGGGGCCGAAGCGGAAAUAAACACCCCUGAAGAUUUCACGAUCAUAUUUGAAGGGAUACGGGGCUCCUCAUACAAAGGAGAUAUUGCACUCGACGAUAUCUUGAUCACGAGUUACGGCUGCCCCGGUCAUCAUAUUGUCAAGAAUGAGAGUAGUGUCUCUUGUAGCUUUGAGGAGGUGGAGCUGUGCUAUUAUGUCCAAGAUGAAACGGAUACCAUCGAUUGGGAGUGGAAAAACAGGGGCACCAAGGACGAUUACACCGGCCCAGAUGGCGAUCACACUCGAGGAGAUGAAUUGGGAUUUUUCUUGUACAUCUCGAGUUCGACCUUUAUCGAUUCGGACGACGUCGCUCGCAUCAUGUCGCCUGUCGCCACGGCCUCGAACUCGGCCUCGUCAUGUGUAGAGUUCUGGUUUCACAUGUGGGGAAGGGAUGUCGAAACCCUCAACGUCUACGUCAAGCGUGAAUCCUCCGCCUUGCCGUCGACGCCGAAUACGAUGGUGACGGGCGACCACGGAAACUACUGGCAUCGCCAAACGUUCACCGUGCCUGCUGGGUCAGGAAAUUACAGGGUAGUAUUUGAAGCUAUUCCAGGGGAAAAGACACGUGAUGACAUCGCGAUAGAUGACGUCAUGCUUUACAAAGAUCAGAACUGUCCAGAAUUUAUCACCGAUGCUCCGACGCCUACUACCAUGCCUCCCCCGAGAGACAACAUCGAUUGCGAUUUCGAGGAAGAUUUCUGCGGAUACAUGCAAGACCUGGACACUGAUUACGGAGACUGGACAAGGGAUCAGGGAAAAGGAGAUAGCUUUAGGACUACCGGACCCGAUGUGGAUCACACUUUGGGUACAAUAUUAGGCUACUACGCAAGCUUCGACCCGUACUCAUUAAAGGGAGCAGAAUUUGGCGACUCGGCCGUGCUGAAAUCGCCCGUCAUCACGCCAAAGACACAGACCCGUUGCUUGACCUUCUACGCCUACCUGUAUGGCUAUUCCAUAGAUUACCUCACCCUCCAGAUCGUAGAGUGGGGAGGCACCCGGACUCUCGACCCGCCCUUUGCAAUAUACGGCGAUCACGGCGAGCAGUGGAUAGAACUCACAAUGGAUGUUCCCUCGUCUAGCCAGCCAUUCCAGAUCUUGUUUGUUGGGAAUGUAGGCACGUCAACAUACUCUUCUAAAAUAGCUAUGGAUGAUAUGACUCUCAAGAACGGACAAUGUCACGCUCCAGCCACGGAAGCGCCGGUCCCUUGGGCUGCCGACUGUGACUUUGAGUCUACGACCGACCCGCUCUGCGGUUAUGAAAACUACAAUUAUAAUAAGUUUGACUGGAUUAUACACAGCGGUAGCACUAGCACUGGCAAUACGGGACCUACAGCCGAUCACACGACCGGUAAUGCAGCAGGUAACAAUUUCAGAUUUUCUCCUUCUAAACAUGAGGUCAAACAUACUUUCCGAAAUGUGUCAAAAGAAUAG